AUGGAAUAUGGUGAUAUGAAAAUAUGUUAAAAACAUAAAUUGGAGAUAAUUAUAGUGGACCUUGAAACAAGGAUUGCUUAGGAAGAUAGAUAUUUAUGUGUAAGAUGUAUAAUUGAAAGAAUGGAUAAGAAGAGAAUGAGUUUGAUUGAUGAAACAUAAGAUAUGAUUAAGGAAAUGAAAAGGAAUGAAUAAAAUUAAAGAAUUAAGGAUAGUAAAGAGAGAUUUGAUGGUUUGAAUAGAAUUGAAGAAUUAUUAAGAGAACUUAAAUUAAAUAUGGAUUCUAUAUUCAAUAAGAUAUUUAAUAAUAUUCAAUUGAAAUUGAUGUAGAUAUCAAAAGAUAUAAGUAACAUUGAAUCAUAAUCAAUUACAUUUAAUUUUUAAGAUGAUAUUGAAAGAUUGUCUUAAUAUUAAGAAAAUUAAAUUAAUGAAUAAUCAAUUAAUUUAAUUGAAGAUGAUCAUAAAUUUUUAGAACAAAUACAAAAGUAAUUAGAAGCUUUUAUAAAUUCUGAAUAAUAUCAUAAAUUAAUGAAUAAUUCAAAUAUUAUUAAGAAAUCUCAGAUAGAACAGGAUUUAAUAAAUAGUUAAUAGGAAUAUGAAAUCAUAAAGGCAUAAGAUUAUGUACAUUUUUUUAUAUAUAUGUUAUAUUAGAAAACACCUGCAUUGAAGAUGAUUUGUUAAGAACAUACAAAAGAAAUUAUAAUGUUUAAUUUGAAUGCAGAUACAAAUACCAAUUCAUAACCAAGAAUGGCUUGUGUUAAAUGUAUUUAGUAUUAUCCUGCAUAAUAUACUCCUUUAGAGGAUGUCAUGAUUUUAUGGGAGUCAUAUUAAAAGAGAAAUACAAUUAAUUUAACUGAAUUAUAUAAUAAAAGGAAUUCUAUUUGA